AUGGGGAAGUUGUAUUUAAAGCCUAUGGUCGAAUUUCACGGCUCUUUGAUGAUGGCUUUCAUUGUUUAUGUCUCAGGAGGGAACGGGAUCGCGGUUGUAUGGGGACUCUUUAUGUGUGUCGUAGCUGCUGGGGCUGCUUUCUUCAAUCCGUGCAUCAGUCUUGCCAGUCUUUUCAGAGAGCUGAACCAAACUCAUCAUCCAUGGACUAAGUCUCUUGAGACUGUCCUUUGUAUGAUGACUCAAAUAUUAGGCUACUUGGUAGGUGGACUGAUCGGCUGGGCAGUCGAAGGAGAUACCUUACUCCCCCCUCUGUGAGUGAGCAAAAAAAUUUUGUUCACUCACGGAAAGGGGUUAAUAUUUUUUUUUAAAACAAUUUAUAUAUAAAUUUUAUAUAAAAAAUAUUUUUUUUUGGGAUUUAAAAAAAAUCCUAAUUCGCAAAAAUUGGAAAGUAAAUAUUAAUUUAAUUUAUAAAAUUUAUGUUUUAAAGAGCAAUUUUUUUAAAAUUAAACAGAAUUAGCUCUAGAUUUCAUUAUACUAAUUAUCACUUAUAUAUCAAAAAUUUUUUCUUUAAAAAAUUUUUGUUUACUCACGGAGGGUGGGCUUUUGGGCAAAAAAUAGCGAUUUUUCUAAUGGUUUUGUUCACUCACGGAGGGGGUUUAGCAAUUUUGAUUAAUCCUGAUAAAGACAAAGCCCAGGCAUUUUUCACUGACUCCCCCCCCCUUUAAAUUGGAACUAAAAAUUUUGUUCCAAUUUAAAGGGGGGUUAAUUUUUUUUUUAAAAAAAAUAUCAGUAUAAAAUUUUUUAUAAAACAUAUAAAAAAAUUUCAACAAAAAAAAAUUUCAAAAACUUAUCGAAUUAGAUCAAUAAAUCUGUUUAAUAAAACGCUAUUUACUCUUUAUCCUUUAAAAACAAAGCAAGAUAUAACUAAAUUUUCAUUAUUAGUUAAUACGCCACUAUUAAUUGGUAUCAAAAUUAUUUACACAAAAAUUAUUAUUUUUAUUGAUAAAAUAUUAAAACAAAAAAAUUUUGGAAAAUUUAUCGAUCAAAGUGCUAAUUUUGUUUAAAUAAGAUGUUAUUUAUACUCUAUUCUUUAAAAUAAAGCAAGAAAUAAGUAAAUUUUGAAAUUUUAUAAAGAAUUCCUAUUGAAUUUAUAUCAAAACUAUCCAAAUAAAAAAUAUCAUUUUUAUCAAAAAAAACAAAAUUUUUUUGAAAAUUUUUAAAAAAAAAAUUAAUUUUUUUUUAAAAUUUAGCAAUUAAGGAUAAUAAAUUUAUUUAAAUAAGAUGCUCUUUAUACUUUUUUCUUUAAAAACGAGCAAGAUAUAAAUAAAUUUUUUAAUUUUUAGCUAAGAAGAAACAUUUAACUUAUAUCAAAACUUUUUAGAUAAAAAUUAUAUAUAAUUUUUUAUUAUAAAAUUAAAUUUUGUUCCAAUUUAAAGGGGGGGGGGAGUGAAGUAGUGUGAACUGGUCAAUUGAUUUUGACUUUGAUGAUUAUAAAAGACUUGAAGACUUGGAAAGACCCUCACUGGGUUGCAAUUUUUUCAGUCAUUAUUACUGUAUGGGUUAUGGCGAACAUGGCUCAUCCGAUUUCAGGAGCCUGCUUUAACCCAACGCAGUGUAUUACACUUAAUAUUAUCCACUAUAUUCAUACAGGAGACGAUUCAGUCCUGGAUCAUCUCUGGGUUUAUGCAUUUGCUCCACUCAUAGGCACGAUGGUCGCAGCAGGAGCUGCUGGCGCCUUGAGAACCAAAGCCAGUAAGCCCAUGAACGAAGUACAUGAAAUAAACCAAUUGAAAGGCGAAGAAGAUGCAGAGGAAAACCAGCAUUAA